UAACACAGUGACGCUGCUUCCUGCCGCAGACACACCAGCCUCGCCUCUCAGUCUCUCUCUGCAGCGGCCGACCGCUACAAACAAACGACGACCCGGGAGCACACACACACACACACACACGCACUUACAUCAGGACCGGGACCGUACCGGACCGGGACACAGGACCACAGAAGAGGAGGACGGAGACUGGAGACAGGAACAUGACAGAAAACACCAAAACCCACGUCAUCCUGCUGUCCUGCGGCAGCUUCAACCCCAUCACCAAGGGACACAUCCAUAUGUUCGAAAAAGCCCGAGAAUAUCUGCACAAAACAGGUCGCUUCAUCGUGAUCGGAGGAAUCAUCUCACCGGUGCACGACUCCUACGGAAAACCUGGUUUAGUUCCCAGCAGACAUCGUCUCACCAUGUGUCAGCUGGCUGUUCAGUCCUCUGAUUGGAUCAGGGUGGACCCCUGGGAGUGUUACCAGGACACCUGGCAGACGACCUGCAGCGUGCUGGAGCAUCACCGCGACCUGAUGAAGAGAGUCACCGGCUGCAUUCUGUCCAACGUCAACACGCCAUCGACAACUCCCGUGAUUGGCCAGCCACAGAACCAGGCUCCUCCCAUCUACCAGAACCACAACAACAUGAAUCACAAGCCCACAGCCAUCAAACUGUGGGGGAAGAUCAGUGAGAGUUUGGGGAAGAUCUGCUGCGUCCGCCCUCACAUCGAACGCUUCACCUUCGUCGAUGAAAAUGCUAACCUGGGUACCGCAGUGAGAUACGAGGAGAUCGAGUUACGCAUCUUGCUCCUGUGUGGCAGUGAUCUCCUGGAGUCCUUCUGCAUCCCUGGUCUGUGGAAGGACAGUGAUAUGGAGGUGAUCGUGGGGGAUUUUGGGAUCGUGGUGGUUCCUCGUGAUGGAGCCGACACAGAGAGGAUCAUGAAUCACUCCUCCAUCCUCCGCAAGUUCAAGGACAACAUCAUUGUGGUGAAAGAUGGGAUGAGCCACCCGAUGUCCAUCGUCAGCUCAACCAAGAGCAGACUGGCCCUGCAGCACGGUGACGGCCAUGUUGUGGACUACCUGUGUCAGCCCGUCAUCGACUACAUCCUGCAGAGUCAGCUGUACAUCAACGCCUCCGGAUAAUCGACCACCUGCCCGCAUGACAACAGGCAGAGUGGAGGAGGGGGGGAGGGGCGCUACCUUCAACCACCACCAUCAUCCCCCUCCCAAAAAAACCCCCCAACAACUUCCUUCUCUGUCUUGUGUGUCAAACAUAUACUCUUCUUUGAGCUUUCUGACUGGAGCAUUAGUGUCCCUCCUUCUGUCUGUGUCAUGUGACUUUACCAUCAGGGAGGGGGUCAAGGGGGGCUGGGAUGGGGUGAAUGGCGGGGGGCAUUUUGGGAUGACAUGGCGGUGUUGGAGAGGAAGUGUGGAGAUCAUCUUUAAGGGCUGCAGAGGUGUCAUUGAUGUAUUUUCACUGCAGAGGUGACGGCAGUGUUUUUCUCUCUGUUUGUUUUCUGUCUUUAUUAAAGUUCGGGGGUGCAUGACACACCGCCAGGCAUGCUCAGUGUACCGGGGCAGAUGGGAAAAAAUCUCUUCUUCUGUAUCAGGGGGGCAUUUAGCUAAAAGGAGAAAGGGUUAAUGGGCCUCAUGCAAGAACCUAUACGGAUAGAGUCAUUAGAAAACUUCCCCUGUUCCUCAAAUUUAUUCAUCGUUUUUUCAUCUAAAUUAAAGUUUAAUUUUACCAAACUAGAGCUACAAUUAAAACGUAGUGUAAAACAGACUGUCAUGUGUUGCAUUUCAGCACAUCUUGUAUGAUAGCAUCCAUAGGAGUUCUGAGCUGACAUGGCGACUGUUGCUCACAACUAACUUGCUAAUUGAGCCGUUAGCUUCAUUUAGCUCCAGCUGACUUUGCACCAAAUUCCAUGCAUAUCCUACAUAAUCAAAGCCAGGAAUUCAUGUAUAAUCCAUGUAUUUGGGAAGGUUGUGAUCACAUGACCAACGCGCUGACGGGAGAAAAGACGAAGAAGAACGUGGUUCUGAAAGGUCGGAGGGGUGGGGCGCUGGAAGGUUCAGAAAAUGCAAACUUUCCCUUGAGAAGAUCUGUGUUUGUGACCGCAGAAAUUUUAAGGUGCAUCUGUACCAUGUUUCCCUUCCCAAACCUGACCUCUGUAACUCUGCGUAAAGUACGUAAGGUCAGUGAUGCAAAUUCGUUGGCUAUCAUACGAAUCUUUGUAUUAGGUUGCUUGUUUUAAUUGAGAAUCCCGGCAAAGGUUUUUAAAUGCAACCUGGUUUCACCUGCGACACACUUGGUCAGCGGCCCUCCGUGUCAGACACCAAAGCACACAGGCACCCUCAGCCGCAUGACGAGCACAGUGUGGUGACAUCUGUUGAUGCGCACAGCAACAACUAAAUUAUAAAGAGUAAGAAAGUUACACCGAUGUCGUGAUGUCAUAACAUGUUAAUAACAAACGUGUCUGUUUUAAGCCAAACAUGAUGUUUUUGUACAACUCAUCCUCACUGCGACCUCGUCACAUGUCUGUCACGUUUGGUCAUGGACUUUCCACGUCCACAUAUGACGUCCAAGGUACCCUGGGUGUGUUGGUUGUUGACGUUCUGGGACGCCGUGUCAACUUCAGCCUGUUACAUGCAUUGUCUGUUUUCAAAAUACACUUCUGUUUUCACAGGAAAUUUAACAUACAGUCUCAAAAGCACUACGUUGGUACGACACCACUGAUUGACCUUGUUUUCCUUCAACAACACACACACGUGGUUGGGCUCAGAAACAAGAACAGGGUUUGGCUUUACAAUCUUACGGGAAGUGAACACCGGCCUCCUUGUCGAAAGUUGGUGUCUUCUGGAUCCAUCCACCACCCGUCCCGCCCCAUCCUACUCAGACUUCUGUUGCUUUAGGUUUCAUUGUUGUGCCACCACAUUUCCCCGAGGCUGCUGGGACUGUUAAACAAUAAUGGCGAGCGGCUACGUAUCAUGCUGACAUAUAAGGAUGGCUGUAAUUGUCGGUGUCUGAUGCCGGAAGUCACUGACCAAGCCCGAUUUUUGAUGACUUUGGAGUGACACCAAUUGGUUUGGUUUGCACGUUCUCCUGUGCACCAAAAUCAAAGCAUAUCUACAUAAUCUUAAACCAAUAAUUCAAGUAUAACCUAUGUAUUUUGGAAAGCUGUGAUCACGUGACCAUUGCACUGAAAAAAAGAAGGAAGCGGUCCAGUCAUUAGGCAGGUGGUAGCGGUAGAUGGGUCACAAAACACAGGACUUUCCCCAGGAGACUGGUGUUUGGAACAGUUUGAACUUUGAGGCAUCUGAAAGUACGUCCUCAUCGUGUUUCUUUUCCUGAGCCUAUUCACAGUAACUUUACUUGCCCAAAACUAACCUCCAUAACUACCUUAAUUACCUAACUUUACGUUGAGGUAACGUCAUACGUGGGUUGCUAAUUCGUAGGACUUCAUUUUUGAAAACAACUGUGUGCAUGUAACGAGCAGAAACCUCCUAGUGACAAAGUCAGCUGAUAUGCUACGUGGUUUGUGGAAACGUACAAUGCCAACAUUUCCUUCUGAUGACUGGUCUGACCUACUCUGAGCGCCACAAUCCAUCAAAGUGAAUUUUUGCUUGGAGUCGUUUGCAGAAAUUUGAAGAGCAGACAGUUUGUGUUGGCAUGGAACACAAACUGUCUGACAAAGUGCAGCAAAAAUCAGCAACUAUUUAGAUUAUCAAAUUAUCUUUUGUCUCUUGAAUGAAACAAAAUGUGAGGAGAUUUCAGUUGUUCAGAUUUCGGUGUCCAAUCUAAUCUGUUAAACCCAACAACAUUUGGAAACUUGUCAGAUGAAUUCUUUGUUUCAAAUCUUAUCUUUGUCCAGUGAACAGUUUGUGGGGCGACUUCAUAAUCGAAACACUGAAACUGAAGUUGUUUGGUUCCUUUAUGAGAUAAAUUAACGUACCAGCUGUACGUUGAGAGUUAAAACAUUUUGAUCUUGUUCGGAUGCACCGUUGCAUCAGUCCGCGCCACUCUUGGUGAAUUCUUCCUCCUGUCUGAAGACACAGUAACAUCUGUUCAGAAUAAGAACACAUACGUGUUCUUGCACGAGGCCCGCUGCUGUCGUCUGUCCACGUCUGAGGUAAAUCUAACCAACGCUCAGCGACCGUCUCAGUCUCAGUCCUGCUGCAGCUGUAGCUCAAACUGUACAUAGUUACACACCAAUCAUAGUUCAGGUCAACAAUUUAACCUCCGAGCUGAAGGUAUAUUAACCUGCAGGUAACCAUAGCAACAGUACCGAUGCUUCAGGCUCAACCCAACCGGUAAACUGAACACAGACACACUUUAGAAGAUUUAAACUCUCAGGACAUCCUGAGGUCAUUGGACAUGAUGAUGAUGAUGAUGAUGAUGAUGAUGAACUUUUCUAAAAGCAGCAGUGUUGUUGUCGGAGUGUUUCGGGUUGUUUUUGUUCUUCUCCAUGUGCUCCUGUUAGCUCUCGUUAGACUGCAUGCUUAGACAUGUUCGGUUCUGGCAUGAAUGUUCAUCACUUGGUAGAAUCUGAUCUGUCGUGAACGUGUUUGCAAAAAAAAAAAAAAAAAAAAAGAAACAACACAAAAAGUAAAUAUAUAUAAAUAUAUAAAUAUAAUAUA